CCCUUAUCCCCCACCCCCCAAGACCUGAUGUCGCCUGCUCAACCAAUCCCUGCAUGUGACGAACCACCUGUGACAGGCGUCGAAUAGCUGAAAAAGUGUAGAAAGUCCGUAUUGUAUCAUAGCCUCGCUCGAUUUCUUUUUCUCUUUUACAAUAUAGCAAUACUAUAUAAGUCCCACGAUGAGUUUCAAUCUAACUAACGUUCAUACUAUACUCUCGCCUUAAGAACAAUAAUCAGUAAUCUCGAGACUCGAUCUUACGUGAUGGCGUCCAGUGAUGAUACAACUCCUCCCCAGAGCCCGGGGUCUGUCUUCCAUGACUUCGACCUGGAGCAUGUCUUUAAGAAAGCUGAGCAACAUGUGAGAAAUGAGGAAAGCAAGAAUUUCGUCGUCGAGUUCGGGUCCGAAAGAGCGCGGAUUGCAUUCGACUUUGAUAUAGAUGAUGCCAGGAAGCUGCUCCUUGACCAAGACCCCGACGAAAAGAAAGAAUACCCUAUUCGAUGGAUUAACAUAUGGGAUCCUAGCGCGCAGAUAGAUAUCAUGAAGGCCAUAAGCGAUAGAUACGAAUUCUCGCCUAGGUUACUCGGUCUAAUGAUUACGCCAAGAACCCAGAGGGAUGAGAUACGACGGCAUAAACACAGAAAAAGAGUCACAAUCCCCCAUCUACGAGGGCUCAGGGACUUGGAGAAAGGUGAAAGCGUACAUGGCGACUUUCCUGUGAACCAUCUUGCUCCCGCAGAGCUUAACGACAACAUUGCUUUAUAUUUACAAGUGAAAGACACAGUAAAUUACUUCUCUACGGACCAAACGCCGAAAGCCUUCUGUAUCGGUGCAAAUUGGCUACAUAAGCGGCCAACACCAGCACGCAAAAACCCUCGGAUCGGUAUAAUGCCGCCCAAACACUGGCAAUGGCUCGUACUCUGUAAUAACCACACUGUUUUGUCGAUUCAUGAGAGGCACUCACUAGAGCCAGUCCCGGAUAAAGAGGACCGGCAAGAAUGGCGUCAAGCUGAAUUCGAGUAUAUGAGAGCUCAUACAUUAGAUAUCCUCCGGCAACUUUCUACCCAAGGGUAUGGGCUAUACGACCACAACCCACUCGCUCAGAGCUCGGUUCGGACAUCGCUCGCAAACUCUAAGCGAGAGGUAAAUAGACAGCAAUCGGGGAUGUCUCUUUUCAGUAAUAGCGAAAUAGGGAGUUUGGCCGAUGAAGGGACAAGCAACCUCUUCUAUUAUUUAUUCGAGGACUACGUUGCGGCAGGCCCUCUCAAGGCUGCGGAACAGGAAUUAGAAGAGCUGACCGAAAAAGUGCUGGAGAGUACGCAUCGAAAAAAAAUGUCCAAGAGCUACGAGAUUAUACCUACGUUACAUUAUCUAAGCAAGGAUCUUCGAGAGUUUAAACAUUUGUUCGAGAACUACAAAAACCUGAUAAGCAAAAUCAUGGUAGUUGGGAAGCCCGAAUUGCAUCAUAACGGUGCAUUAUUCGAUGGGGAUCGAAGAGUAUACCUAUCAAACUCGGCACUUAGUCGAUUUGAUAGGUUAAGCGAUCGGCUUCAGUAUCUCAUGCUAAACACUAUUGAAGGAUACCUCGAAGAGAUAGGGGCACUAUCCACUACAUACUUCAACUUAACGCAGCAGAAGGACUCGCAGGCAACGGCAAGACUGACGAGAAGCGCAACGCUACUGGCUAAGCUCAGCGUCUUCUUCCUCCCGAUUAGUUUUAUGACGAGCUACUUCUCAGUGCAGGUCGAGGAUCUGUAUGUGUACUGGACGGGCAAGAUGUAUUGGACAGCGUUUGCGGUGAUAGCGAGCGUAUCAUUUGUGAGUCUGUUCUUCUUCAGCAGGCUGCUCAUGUUCGCGAUAGACGAACUAGAUGCUUGGGCAGCCGUCACAGCGGAAUGGAUGAGCAGGUUUCUUCAAACUAUUCGAACCUGGUUGAGACUUAAACCUAAAGAUGGCGAUAAAGAUGAUUAAGAAGAUCGAUCUGGGCUGUGCUUCGAAUUGGGAUAUACUUUGGUUAAUGGCAUGAAUGAAUAUCUGAUAGGAGUAUAUGACGAGACGUCAUAUUAGAUGAUGCACGAACUUGGCUAUGUGUAAUGGAUUAGUAUAAUAGGAUAUAUGUACAAUAUAUCCGGGUCAUUUAUUAUA